CCUUCAUCUCCACUCUCCAUCUCAUUCCACUCCAUCUCCAUCACUACACACCAUGUCAGGCUGGAUGAGCUGGUUCGGCGGGCGAAGGGACACGCGCGAGCAGGCGCGCGACUCGAUCGUCAAGCUGCGCCAGCAGUUGCUCAUGAUUGAGAAGAAAGAGGAACACCUGCAGAAGAAGAUCGAGGAUGAGACGAGCAAGGCGCGGGCCAACGCCACUUCCAACAAGCGCGUCGCUAUGAACGCACUGCGGCAGAAGAAGGCGUUCGAGAACGAGCUUGACCGGCUCGCCGGAACACGUAUGACAUUGGAGACGCAGGUCAACGCGAUCGAAUCGGCCAAUCUCAACGCGGAGACGAUGGUUGCGAUGCGGCAGGGUGCUGCGGCGCUCCAAUCGAUCCACUCGGGACUCAAGGUCGACAAGGUCGACGAGACUAUGGACCACAUUCGCGAGCAGAUGGAGCUCACAAACGAGAUCUCGGACGCCAUCUCCAACCCGGUCGGCAUGGGUGUACAGCUCGACGAGGACGACCUGCAGGCCGAGCUCGACGCACUCGAGCAGGAGGAGCUCGACAGCCGCCUCGCUGGCGCCGACCACGUGCCCGUCCACACUCCCGCCUCGCCCGUCGCUGUCAAUAAGAGCAAGACGGCUAACAAGGAAGAGGACGACGAGGAGGCACAGCUCCGCCAGCUCCAGGCAGAGCUUGCCAUGUAGCGCCGCCUUGCAGUUCUCGUGCCUAAUUUUACACGCUUCUAUACCGGUCCCUCUUGGGGGCAUGUACUAUCAUGAUCCAUUCUGUG